GCGGAUAAUCUGUCACGUGACUGUCAGUGUGGGCGGAAGUAGCGCUGUGUCAGCUUUCCGGCUGCGAUCACAAUCCGAGAGACAGAGACCCCGAUACCCAGUGCAGGUUUGGCCAUGGAUAACACAGGGAAAGAGAAGGAGGCUCUGCAGCUCUUGGCUGAGGCUGACAAGAAGGUGAAAUCCUCCCAGUCUUUCUUCUCUGGGCUGUUUGGGGGAUCAUCGAAGGUGGAAGAGGCCUGCGAUCUCUACACCCGCGCUGCCAAUAUGUUUAAGAUGGUGAAGAACUGGAAUGCGGCUGGCAGUGCCUUCUGUCAGGCGGCACAGCUCCAUCUACAGGUCCAAAGCAAGCAUGAUGCGGCUACCAACUUCGUGGACGCAGGAAAUGCCUUCAAGAAAUCUGACCCCCAAGAGGCAAUUAACUGCCUGCUCCGAGCAAUUGAAAUCUAUACUGACAUGGGAAGGUUUACAAUUGCAGCCAAACAUCACAUCACCAUCGCUGAGAUUUACGAAGCUGAGUUAGUGGAUAUAGAAAAGGCAAUCGCUCACUAUGAACAAGCAGCAGAUUACUACAAAGGGGAGGAAUCGAACAGUUCUGCCAAUAAAUGUUUGCUGAAAGUGGCUACAUACACGGCUCAGCUGGAGCAGUAUCAGAAAGCCGUGGAAAUCUACGAACAGGUGGGAACCAACGCCAUGGAUAGCCCGUUGCUGAAAUACAGUGCCAAGGAUUACUUCUUCAAAGCCGCGCUCUGCCAUUUCUGCAUUGAUAUGCUGAAUGCCAAGCUGGCGGUCCAGAAAUAUGAGGAGAUGUUCCCAGCUUUCUCUGACUCCAGAGAGUGCAAACUGCUCAAGAAACUGCUCGACGCACAUGAGGAACAGAACAUGGAUAAUUACACAGAUGCGGUUAAGGAGUUUGAUUCUAUCUCACGCUUGGACCAGUGGUUGACCACCAUGCUACUUCGUAUCAAAAAGACAAUCCAAGGCGAAGAAGAAGACUUGCGCUAAAGCCUUGGACCCUGCGAACUCCCCACCUCCCCAGAAUAUCGAGCCCAUGUUAGAAAUAGUGGAUGGGGAGUGAAAGCUAAAACUCGUAUUUAUUUUAUCUCAGCCCAAUUCUAGGACAUAAUACCUCCCCUAUCUCUGUGCGUAUGUGGUGCUUGAUAAUGUCCCGUAUAUUUCAAUCCAAUGAAGUAUCACAAGGCAAGUUGCUGUGACUUCAUGGGGAUUUUAGAUUAACCCCUAAAAUGCCAGAGAAAAUUGUAAUCUAUUCCAAAGUCGAACGUUACAGUUAACUCUGGCACUGUUAGGGUUAAACACAUUAUUUGGCGUCUACUCCUGCAUUAUCGCAUGUGCUUAACCUGCGAUUACCUGGGGUUUGGCGUGGUGUAAUCCUGUCUGGUGCAGGAGCUGAGCCCCGUGUAUAAGCCGUUCCAUGGAUUCAGGGAGAGUGGGCAGGAUGGGGGAGGGGGAGUGGGAUGUGUUGACCCCUAUAAUAGCGUUAAAUUGUACUAAUUAUGCUAAUUAAUUUCCUUUUUGAAACCUUUUAAUUGCCAGAGGGAAAGUUCACACAUCCCUCUGACAUUCAAAGGGUUAUAAAUUGACUUAACCAGAGCAUGACCAAAUGGAACUACAUUGCGGAUACACUGUGAUCUAUCAAUUCAUGACACUAGAAAGCAACGUGUUUCAGUUAAACCCCAGAACAAUUAGUAGGGAUCUCAUGUUUUACUAUAGAACGAUAAAUUCAUUGCUAUUUAUUUAUCUUGGGAUCAUAGACACAGUGGCUUUUAAUCCAGUGCACCGAUGCUUUGCUUGUAUCCCCCUCUAUACCGCAGACCACCAGGGACAAACCCAGGAGUGGCUUCCUCUUCCACAGUUUAGGGCGCAGGUAUUGUGGGAAGCCUCCGUUUUUUCCGUGUUCGGCCAUUAGCUCCCGUACUGCUACCUGUGCAGUGAUAAUGUUGCUUUGUCUUGUGUGGGCCGUAUUUAUAAGUUAUCCCAGCUGUUAUUUGUUAUAAAGUCCCCUGUCUUGUACGCCAUUUCCUAAAUGCGGCCUCGUUAAAUAAAGUGAAUGGGAUUUAAA